AUGAACCAAGAGAAAAAGACAUUUGAAAGACGAAGUGGGAUGGUCCAUUCAUUUGGAGCCCCCAAUAGCGGCAUUGUGAGCAGGGCUGUCGCUGCUGCUGCUGCCAACAUAAAGAGACGAUCCACACAAUCAUCCUCAGGCAGAGCAUCCAAGCAUUAUUCAGUGUCUGUCUUCUAUUCCAUGGCAACUGAGCAAGACAGUGAAAUUGAAGACGAUCUCGCCAGUGUACAGAAAACAUUACGUGAAUUGAAGAGCAACAUUUCUACGCAGUCAAAGAACAAUUUCCUGUUAGAAAGAGAUGUGCGAUUUCUGGAUUCCAGAAUAGCAUUGUUGAUCCAAAAUCGCAUGGCGUUGGACGAGCAACAUGAUUUCGCUAGUCAUUCAGAAGAUCACGAUGGCACUCCUCUGGAUCACUAUCCUGAUGGCCGCAAGAUGCAGCAAUACGGCAAUCUGUUCUUUCUGCUGCAAAAUGAGCCUCGCUACAUUGCUUCGCUCUGCAGGCUCGUGAAUCUCUCAGAAAUCGAUAUGCUGCUCCAGACUGUCAUGUUUACAUUGUACGGCAAUCAGUACGAAAGCAGGGAAGAGAAUUUACUGCUGACCAUGUUUCAGAAUGUGUUGGCCGCCCAAUUUGAAGCAGCUACUGAAUUCGGUUCAUUGCUGAGGGCUAAUACUCCUGUUUCUCGCAUGUUGACUACAUACACACGAAGAGGUCCAGGCCAAUCGUACCUGAAAUCAGUACUAUCAAAGAAAAUCAACGAACUCAUUGAUCAGAAAGACUUGAAUCUGCAGAUCAACCCGCUCAAAGUGUAUGAUGAAUUGAUCGCUGCAAAGAGCAGAGAAGGCACCUUACCCCCUGGAUUCGUAAAAAGCGUUACUCCUGAAAUUGCUGCUGAAAACAGUGAUGUUCGGGCUAUUAUUCAGCGGAGAUUGGAGAAACUGAUUGAAACAGCCAAUGGAUUCCUAUCCACCAUCAUUGACUCUUUGGAGGAUGUUCCAUACGGUAUUCGCUGGAUUUGCAAACAAAUCAGAUCGCUUACCAAGCGCAAAUACCCUCAAGCUACAGAAAGCGCUAUAUCCUCGUUGAUAGGCGGCUUCUUUUUUCUUCGUUUCAUCAACCCUGCUAUUGUCACACCACAAGCCUACAUGCUGAUUGACUCUUAUCCUGGCCCAAAUCCUAGAACGACGCUCACGCUGAUUGCAAAAAUGCUGCAAAAUCUUGCCAAUAAGCCAACCUACGCCAAAGAAUCCUACAUGAUACCUACCAAUCCUUUUGUAGAGGGAAACAAGCAGCGAAUACAGCAGUUUCUCAACGACAUUUGCGAAGUGAGCGAUUUUUACGAGUCGCUGGAAAUGGAUCAAUACAUGACAUUGUCCCGCAAAGACAUUUCCAUCAAUAUCACACCGAAUGAGAUGUUUAGCACGCAAAUGCUACUCGACCAGCACAUUCAAAAACUUGCCCCUGAGCCAACGCACAGACUGCGUAUUUUGCUACAGGACUUGGGCACUGUUCCCAAGCAAGUGGUUCGUACGCUCAAUCGACCUAUGCAAUUACCGCUAUUCAGUCGCUGGGAGACAACGCAGAUGAUGGGAGGGCAGCAGCAGCAGCAGGACGCCAGUAUUCUGUUCACUUCACCGGAGAACAGUAUCACACAAAACGAUAUUAUGUACAUGGAAACCAAAUCAAUGUUUGUGCAAAUUCUGAGGUCAUUGCCACACACCCAAAAAUUAUGUACAGCAAACAAUACUUCACUUGACUUGUUACGGAUCACAGAGGCAGCAGGUACGGCAAAAGAUGCGCAAUUGGUCAGCAAAGGUAUCAAAGUACGUACCAUGCUAGAAGAACUGGAAGAAGCAGGGAUUGUGAGUCGAGACAAUGAUUAUGAGUUUCUGGUGCAAGAAAUCAAGCAAGAGCUCAUCCAUCUGGGGGACCUUAAAGACCGUGUGAUAUUGGAAAUCAUGUCGUUGGAGCAGGUUUUCAAGACUAUUCAAGAUCACAACAACUACUUGCAGAGUCAACUGGAAACAUACAAGGCAUACCUCCAGAAUGUAAGAAUGCAAAGCGCUGGUGGUGGUAUGGCAAAUCAAAGAACAAUGGCACCCGAGAAUAGCCAUAUAAUAACAUGUGCGUAUUCUCAUCAGACCGUUCAAGAUCAGCAGCACCCAUUCAGUGAUACCAUCAACACGACAACGAUGCACACAACCCCAACACUGGUGAAGAGCAAUAGUAACAAAAAAAAGUCUAAUGGGUCAUUCCGAUUUACGCAUCAACAGCUGGAAAAGGACGGCAUCAUAGUCGAGUCUGAGGUGCCAGAGUAUCGACGAGCCAACAUCUUCCUGAUGAUUCAAUCACCUAUCACUGGUACGUUCGUCAUCUCUUUGCACUAUAAGGGAAGAGAGAAACCCAUACUUGAAAUUGAUCUGAAAUUGGAUGAUCUUUUGGAGAAGCAAAAAGAACAUACAAAGUCUCUGGAUCUGGAAUAUGUCAAAUUAAGUGUCAACAAGAUAAUACAACUAUUGAACAAAUCAUUCAAGAGCAAAAGCAGCAGUAGGCUGGGCUUCUUUUGA